AUGGCGUGGGCUUCACUGUGGGCGGGACUUCCUUUUUUUAUUUGCCUUCUCAUCCGUUUCUGAAGGGCAAUUCGUUCAAACAGUGGGGUCGAGUUUGAAAGGACCAGAGAAAGCAUGGCAGGACACGACGCAGGAACGCAACACCAGUUCACUGGUAUUGCGAAGUACUUCAAUGCAUACACCAUUACAGGAAGGAGGAAUUGCGUGCUGGCUACGUAUGCAGGAAUUGCCGGGAUUAUCCUGUUCUUUAAACUGAAACCCAAGAAGCAGAAGGCGGUUACAGCUAGCUAAUUUGCGGGAUUCCUGUCUGUGCUGUGCUGUAUAGAAGUGGAACCUAGCUGGAAUUCUUCUUUUUUUUUUUAAUGAAGAUGGCAACCUUUCAACUCGAGUUAAUUUGGGUCAAAAAAUAAAGACAGUGAUACAUAGAAAAUGUGUUUUAUUUACACUGUAAUGUAACUGUAUAAAAGACUAUACAUGUGGGCAUAAUUGAGGAAACAAUGUGAUCCUGGCAGUGACUGUAUGACAAUAAAAAAAGACUGUAUAAUUUAAAGUGCCA